AUGGCGGAGGGGGAGGCCGGGAGCAGAAGCCCCCUUUCCCGGAGCGCCUCGUGCAAGCGCCUCGAGAGGUGGAUCGGGCCCGAGGAGCGGGCCGGAGGAGGCGGCGGCAUCGGCGGCCCCCGGGGGGAGCGGGAGGCGGCGGCGCGCCCGGGCGCCCAGCCGUGCCAGGGUCAGCCUCCAAGCGCCAGGGCGCAGCAGCAGCCGCCGCCGUCGCCAGCACAGCCCAUCGGACGGCGAUCGCCCAGCCGAGCUGCUUCGUUCAGCGUCUCCCGCAGCGUCGCCAAGCUCUCGUCGUCCUCGCCUUCUCCCGGGCCGGAUCCUGCUCCUCCUCCGACGCCGCUGCCGGGCGGCCGAGCCCUGCGGAGCCUGUCGCCGUCGGUGCGCCAACUUUCGCGGCGCUUCUGCGCGCCCCAGAGCGAGCCGGGCGCGGGGAGAGGAGGCUCCUCCACCUGCGCCGGGGCCAGGGAAGACCAGGCGGCUCGGCCCGCCGAUGAGACGCCGGCAGCCGCCGCCGCCGAGCAGCCUCCUCCUCCGCCUCCUCCUCGGGGGAAAGGACUGAGCGAGCCCCCCAAAGGCGGAGACGCGGCGCUCGACUGGCCCAGCGUGACCGAGAUGCGCAAACUUUUCGGAGACGGCUUUCGACGGCAACAGCAGGGAGGCCCCCGAGGCGACCCCGUCGAGGAAGGCGCGGCACCGCGCGCCCCCCAAGACCAAGCCGGGGAUCUGGGGCACCUGCCGGGCAGCAUGGACGGCGCCCCCCGCCUCCUGCCCGAUGGGGCGGCGCCCGGGCGCAGGGAGGAAGAGAGGCCCCGCGUCGCGGAGCAGCGCCGGGAGGCCCCCCCGACGCCUCCCCCGCGCAGCUGCAUCCCCUUUCGGACCCACCGCCUGCCCGCCCCCCGGACCGAGGCGGAGAAGUUGCCGCAGCCGCCGCCGCCACUUCGGGAGAGUUUACAUUCCUGGCAUAGUUGGACGCUGCUGCCAGCUGCCUCCUCGUCUUCCUCUUCUUCCUCCUCGUCCUCUCCAGCCGUCCUUCUCCUGGGCGAAGGUGGAAGCAGCAGCUUCAGGCCAGGGGAGAUUUCCAGCAGCGAGGAGGAGCUGAUGGCCAGGCCCAAGGGGGCCCCCCAGCCGGCUGCCUGCUCCCCCCCUGGCGGCAACGGCUGGCACGGAUCUCCCCACGAGAGGUCCUCGGGGAGCGAGGAGGAGAACCGCCUGGCCGCCCCCAGGAAGCGCUCCCUCCGGAAGAAAAAGAGGGACCCCUUGCCUCAAGAACAGGCCUCAGACAGCGAUGGGCUGGUGGCGGGGAUGGAGUGGUACCUCAAGGCCCAGGAGGACCUGGCGCAGACUCUCUCCCUGCCCUCUGACGAAAGGACUAGGCUGUCUCCCGAGGUCAAGGCCUCAGCCACCGCCAGCUUGCUGGGCGAGGCCAAAGCUGCAGGCGAGGGCCCCAUCUUGGGCCGAGGCCCGCUGGAAGGCGGCGGCAGCAGCAGCAGCAGCUCCUUGCUUGGCACCCACGGGCCCCUAUCCUCGGCGCCCACUCUCCCGCUCGUCUCCCGAGUCUCCAAAGUGAACAUACCCCCUUUCUCCCCGAGCCCCUGUGGGUCGCGAAGCAGCAGCAGGUAUUCCAGCACCGAGACGCUGAAAGAGGAGGACCAGUUUGGGGCCUCCUGGCCUGGCCAUGGCAGGGGCUCGCAAGGGGGUCCGGGCCUGUUCCGCUCCCCGAGCUUCAACCAAAGCGACAGCCUGGCUCGGCUGCAGGCUCAGGUCCGCGCCCGCCCCAAGUUCCCCUUGGGGAUCGUCCGAGCCAAGCAGGACUUCCCUCCGUACGAGAACCUGCGUGGCGUCGGCCUGGAGGCAGCAGAGAAGUCCAGGAACAGGAAGUCCAUGUCGAACCCGGAUAUUGCGACCGAGACGCUGGCGCUGCUCAGCUUCCUGAAGUCGGACCUCUCGGAUCUGAAGGCCAGCAGGAAGGACGGCAGAGCCAGCCAACUCGAGGAGGAGGAGGAAGAGGCCUUUGGUGGCGGCAGGUGCAGAAGUUACCAGUAUGGCCUGGCUGGACAGCAGCUGGUAGGUAGAACCCAAAGCGAGGCUCAGCCACCAAACCGGUGGGCACCGGGCGGCAGCCGGCCGACUCUGAAAGACCUCACAGCGACCCUGAGGCGGGCCAAGUCUUUCACCUAUUCGGACAAACCCGUUCCCCGCAGGCUCUUCCACCAGAGCGCGAUGAAGCAGAGCUCCUCCGAGCUCCUCCUCACCAACGCCGGCGACCAAGAUGCUGUUUGCGGCCGUGAAAUUGGCCAGGGCGGCGAGGGCGGCGAGUUGCCCGUUGUCAUCCAAGACCAGUACAUCCAAGAAGCCAGGCAGGUCUUCGAGAAGAUAAGCAAGAUCGGCUCCCAGCACGAUUACAACUUCGGUCUGGACCAAAAGGACGUCAGAAGCGUGGAAGGCGAAGGAGAGGAUGUGGAAACGUGGAAGGAGGGAGCUGUGGAAGAAGGCCGCGGGCAGGGAUUGCAGAAGGUGGACUCCGAAGGGACCCUGUCUGGCGGGAAGUCUUUAGAGGAACUCUCGGGUCCUGAAUCCAGCAUGACAGACGAAGGCAUCGUAACCGAGCCCGAAACAGGCCCUGCCUACAGUUACCUUAACCCGUCGGUUGCGGCCUGGAAGCACCAAAGAGGAAGUGAAGGCAGCCUGUCCGCGGUGAGCUUUCCAAACCACACAGCCAAAGUGAACAGCGAGAAGUUGGGCACCGCCGAAGAGGCCCUUCCCAACGCCAAGACAGCGCUGGAGGCGCCUUCUACGCCCAGUGCUCUCCGCCGGCGUAGGAAGUUCCCUUCGGUGGGGAAUGGCACCUCCGAGUCCAGCAGCGGGAGCAACGGUGAGUCCAACGGCGAGGCCUACCGGUCUUUAAGCGACCCCAUGCCGCACAGGAGGUCCUCCCUCACGGACGACGCAAAUAACUUCUCCGUGGACAGUAACCUCCUGGGGUCGCUGAGCUCCAAGCCGGGGAUGCCAGAGGCCUCUGCCGUCGCUCUCUCCGAGUGCGCUGCCAGCGCCGCCAGCGACCUGUCGGUCUGCAGCGAAGGCGUCAAAGACUACAGCACCGUGAUCCAAAACAUCGUCAGCCAGCCCGGCGCCCUGGACAAAGUGAUUGACGAGAAGGGAAACGGGAAGACCAUCAAGAAGAAGUCGUUCAGCGACCCCAGCCGCCGCGGAGAGCUGUCCGGCGCCGGCUUUGACGGCCCCGGGGAGCCCAUCAGCGAGAUGGACCAGAGCAUCCCUCCCUCCAGCAGCGAGCCCAUCCUGUCGGACCAGGUGAGGGAGGCCGACGGGGCGAAACUGUACUCCCAGUCCGAGCACAUCUUGCCGGCGGCUCCAGAGGGUGACACGGCUGACGUGGCUCCGAGCUACGGCUUCAACCCGAAGCUGGCCGAGGUGUUGUCGCCCAGGAUUGUCCGCCGAAGCUCAAAGAAGCGCAGCAACAGGGCCAGCUCGCAGGAGGGCAGGGCGGAAGACCCCGAUCUGCCCCCCGCCGUCGCCCCUUCCGCUCUGGGGAGAGCCAGGCCGCCCUCCAAGCACACCCGCCACGCCAGCGAGCCUGCCACCUUCAUCCCCAUCGCAGGCGCCAACACCCCCCCUCCGUUGAGCCAGAACGUCCACGGGGCCACGCCAGACCUCCCUCGUCUGCUCGCGAAACCCUACCCAGUCCUCCAAACCCCUUCGCUGGAAGAUGUCACUAAACACUACAUCUUGGCCCUCAGUGAGCUGCCCUCCGCCGGCUCGGUGGAUACGCCCAGAUCUUCGCCCGCCACGCCGACCACGUCUGAGCCCAAACUGCCCAGGUGCCCGAAGCAUCAUGAGGAGCCGGGCGCCGGGCUGGCCAGGAGCAAGCCACAAGUGGUGAGUUGUAAGAUAUUUUAAUUUGGUAGGGGCUAAGAGCUUUUGUCUUCGGUUUGGAGGGAGGAUUCCACCUUUACAGAUGGAGUUGCAAGAUCUGGGCUUGAGUGGCGUGGGGUUGGGAGUCCCCACCUGCUUUUGAGCGUGGCUGAGCUUUGGUGCAGCUGUAAAUGCAACGUGCUGUGCUGGAAACUGGCGUCCUGGUAGAGAUGAUUGGCACCACGGAAUUGGUUGUCAGUGGAACGUUUUGGGAAAGGAUCCCAGCCUCCUUGCAAAAGUUGCAUGGAGAUGGUUGGUUCUGGAGAGGAAACUGUUGUGUGGAAAUACCAUGUGCAUCUGUGAUCUGGCGGGUCUGUGCUGCUGUCCAGAUGUUACUUCAUUUUUCAUUUCGCUUUUAAUUUGUACUCACGCCCCUUGUAGUGAUCUGAUCCUGUACAAAAAGUCGUAAUGAAACAUAACUUUAGAAUGAAAGGCUUAACAUCAAGUGGCGUUCAACCAUCUGUUUGAAUAUAACAGCACACAAUAAAAUUCACAAAACGCCAGCAAAUAAUAACAGAAAUCCACUCUUAACCAUUGCAAUGAUUACCAAACUAUGAUAAAUAAAAAAAUAACACCAAGUCACAGUGCAUAAAAUGCCACGGUACGUAAAAAGCCGUGUAAAAUAAGGUUGCCAGAUUUUUUUCAAUGAACCUGGGGACACUUUUCAACUUCCUACUAAACAGAUGGAUUUUGUCAGGGGGCUGAUUUGUAAAUCUGGGGACUGUCCCCGGGAAACGGGAACAUCUGGUAACCUUAGUGUAAAAGGAUCAAAUUGAGAAACAAAGACUUAUAAAAUAAUUCCUAAUGCUCAUGCUCAAGUUGACCCGAGACGGCUGCACCAAUAUCAGUGUUUUAUGGUGUAAGGCUGCAGCCCACUGUCUCCCCCAAAAUUCCUGGUUGAGGAGUAAACAAUUUAUUCCUCUGUGUUCGGUUGACAUGCUUAGGGCUUGUGGUGGCGAAGAUCUUGAGAGGUUUGAUGUCGGGAUAAGAGGUUCCUAGAGGAAGCACAGGCCCAGCUCUAUCCAAAGAGCUUAGCUUUCCUUCUGGGAAACCCAGUUCCUAGUGAAGCGUUGGAACUGUGCACCCAGUAGGACAGCCUUGCGAUACUUGCUGACUUGUGGUGUCUGUGUGCCCAGGACACUUUGCUCUGGCUUGCGCACAUGCUCACAGGUCCAGAGAACUGUUCUCUUCCUUGCCUUAUAUCAUUCCUGCCUUUGUGGAAGAGGCAUCGCUCCAUGGUACGACAUCUGCCUUUCAUGCAGGAGGUUGCGGGUUCAAUUUCCCAGGGAAGGACUGGGAAUCAAUGUUAGAAAUUCAGAUACAGUGGUAGCUCGGGUUACAGACGCUUCAGGUUACAAACGCUUCAGGUUACAGACUCCGCUAACCCAGAAAUCAUACCUCGGGUUAAGAACUUUGCUUCAGGAUGAGAACAGAAAUCGUGCUCCGGCAGCGCAGCGGCAGCAGGAGGCCCCAUUAGCUAAAGUGGUGCUUCAGGUUAAGAACAGUUUCAGGUUAAGAACGGAUCUCCAGAACGAAUUAAGUUCUUAACCCGAGGUCUGCGCAUGUGCGGGUCGUGAUUUGGCGCUUUUGCGCAUGCGCAAAGCGUGAUUUAGCAUUUCUGCGUAUGCACAAGCGCCGAAACCCAGAAGUAACCCAUUCCAGUACUUCCGGGUUCGGCGUGGUGUGCAACCUGAAAUCGCACAACCCGAAGCAUCUGUAACCCGAGGUAUGACUGUAUAUAAGUGAAUCGCCACAUGGUGCCUUAAACCUAGGUUAAGGUCAUCACAGUGUUCUGGCGACAUUUACCCCCCUGCAGUGGGAUGUUGUUGUUGUUGUUGUUGUUAAUUUCAUUUCCAUACCACUUUAUAUUUUAAAGGAAAAAAAUCAGAAGUGGUUUGCAACACGUCAGAACAGCAACUAAAACAAUCCAGGAUAAAACAAAUGCAAAUUUCUUGGGAAAUAUUUCAGAUCCUUCUCUUAGUGAUGUUGGGCUUGCCCCAUGUUUAUUUACUGACUUAAUUUAUAGAGCUGCCCCCAACAGAAGGACUCUAGGGAGCCAGGAUUGUGUAGUGGUUAGAGUGUUGGACUAGGACCUGGGAGGUCCGGGUUCGAAUCCUCACUCAAGUCAUGAAGCACACUGGGUGACCUUGGAGUCAGUCUCAGCCUCCUAACCUACAUUGCAGGGUCGUCAUAGGGAUUAACUGAGGGGUGGGGGUGAACCAUGUACUCCAUGGAGAAAAAGGUUAGAUAUACAGUGGUACCUCGGGUUACAUACGCUUCAGGUUACAGACUCCGCUAACCCAGAAAUAUUACCUCAGGUUAAGAACUUUGCUUCAGGAUGAGAACAGAAAUCAUGCUCUGGCGGCGCAGCGGGAGGCCCCAUUAGCUAAAGUGGUGCUUCAGGUUAAGGACCUCCGGAACGAAUUAAGUACUUAACCUGAGGUACCACUGUAAAGGCAGUAUGUAAGCUCUUCUGCUGACCUGCUUAAGAAAGGGGGGGGGGCAGCCAGGUGGAGAUGUCAGUCGGCCAACCUGCUGCCCAGAGAUCUCCAUGUGGUCGCAGUGGAUCCAUGGCAGUCGCCAAAUGCUCCUGCCCCCUGGGGGAUUUCGAACACAGGCCUGAAACCCUGGAGAGCCGCUGCUGGCCAGUGCAGACAAAACUGAUUUAGAUGGACAAAGCAUCUUACUCAGUAAGGUCCACAAAUGACAACAUUUUGGAGGUCCCAAGUCUAAAGGUGGUUAGGUUGGUCUCAAGUAGGGCCAGGGCCUUUUCAGCACUGGCCCCGACUUGGUGGAACGCUCUGUCAUGAGAGACCAGGGCCCUGUGGGACUUGACAUCUUUCCUCAGGGCCUGCAAGACGGAGCUGUUCCGCCUGGCCUUUGCUUUGGACUCAGUCUGACUCUUAUGUUCCCCUCCCCUUCUGGUCUUGAUCUAUUGGCUACUUUUAAAACGAGGCUGCAUUUUAAAUUGCAUUUUAACCUGUAUUUUAAAUUGGUCCCCCCCCAUUAUGUUUUUACUGUAAUUAUUAUUAUUACAAGACAGCCUGUAGCUGAAUCUGGGUAGGGAAACGGUGUGGUUUGAACGCUCUUCUGCACAAAAGAACAAAAGGUUGCAGGUUCGAUACCCGUGUGGGGCAGCUAGCUGCAUAUUCCUGGAUAUUCCUGGAUGAUGCUCAGAGUCCCUUCCAGCCCCGCAGUUCUUUGAUUUUGUGAUCUCCUUGCGCUUAGAGUUCCAGGCUGGCUUUUUCCUCCGACGUGCUGGUUUUCUCCCGCAAUUGCGGGGGGAGACGCAUUCAUUCAGCCACGGAGUUUCUCCCACCUCCAGCCCAGUCGCAGGACGGUUUUGCCAGCUUGGCUGGGCUCUCUGCGCAUCAGCCAGGAAGGCCCAGGAGUUUGCUUGCGCCCAAAGAGAAGGGAGCCACGUGGUGCUGGACUCGGUGCUAUCAUGUGUGAACGCUGCCAGCAAUAG